AUGUCUCCCACCAUCAGCACCGAGGAUCGGACACUCAUCAGUGCGGUCGUGCCUGGCCGCUCAAAGGGAUCGUAUCUAUUCGCGAAGCUGGCCAUGGACUGUCUCACAAGGCCCGGUGCCGACGUCCCUGCCGCGCUCGAGCAGCUGCCGCAGAACCUGGACGCCAUGUACGCGGCGCUGCUGAAAGAGCAUGCCCUGUCGAGCGGCGUAGACGAAGACACGCAGCUGCUGAUCUUGCAACUCACCACGCAUGCGACACGACCGCUGACCGUCCGUGAGAUCGCGAGCGUGCUGGACGUGGUCGCGCGCGGGUGUGCAUCUGGGGAGGAGUGGGAUCCAAGAGCCACCAAAGACCUUGUACGCCUGGCAUGUGGUCCGCUGCUCCAGAUCCUCCCCGGUGAGACAGUCAAUGUUGCUCACCACUCUUUCACAGAGUUUCUCACGGGCGGUCACCACCACGAUGGUGGUUAUCGUGCCGAUGGUGCCUUGGGCGAUGCUGAUCGCGGGAGCCCCAUCCUUGAGGCGGGCGCGGCUCAUAUGAGGCUUUCUCUGGCGUGCCUAAAGUACCUGAACGAGAAGGUCCUUGGCCAGCCGUUCAUGCGGCCGGGCGCAGCCACGGAAGUCGAGGACACAUUUGCCAAGUAUGCGGGCAUUAGCUGGUUCGUGCACGCCGGCAAGGCCACUGCGGCCGGCUACACCAACCAGGCCGAGCUGGUCAAGAUCAUGGACGACCUCUUCGACUCGACAGAGCUCAAGUCCGAGAUCCUGACCCGGUCCCACGGCGGUCCGACUAUCGCAGACUACAUCUUCGGCUCAUCCAAGUACGCACCCCCGACACCGCGGUACACGCCCGUCUACAUGGCCACCGUACUUCGGCUUCGCACGUACCUCGAGGUCCUGCUCUCGCGAAACUCCGAGGUCUACCAGGGUACCAACCCAAGCAGGUCUCCGCUGCGCGCGGCCUCCAGCACGGGGGACGCCGAGUUCGUGGAGGUCCUGCUCCGGGCAGGGGCGGAUCCCGAAGAGUGCGACACGGAGCAGUACUCGGGCCUCGCGCCGCUGCACUGCGCCGUGCGGCGUAACGACCUGGCUGUGGCGAGGCUCCUCCUCGACGGGGGCGCCAACCCGCUGACACUCACAAAGUUCAGAGACCCGUCCUGCUAUGGCCACCGAGACACGUCGCCGCUCGAAUGGGCCUGCACAGGAGGCCACCCGGCGGCUCUGCUGGGGCUCUUCCUCCCGCAUAUAUCCUCGACGCAAGUGCUUAGCCAGGCCGUGCUGUGGAUCGUGCCGACGGGCCGCGCGGACCUGCUCCAUGUCGUGCUGUCCCACCCUCUCGCCGCCCGGCUCAGGGGCAGCGAGACCCGUGGUCCCCUCGACGCGGCGCUGUUCCGGGCGAGCGCCGAGCGCGAUGCCCCCAUGGUCCGAGCCCUCCUGCUCGCCGGCGCCGAUGCGUCGACCCUGGGGAGAUCUCUCGAGGGAGCCUUCCAGAUGGGGUGGAAACAACCCGAGAUCCGGCCUUUGCACGCCUGGGCUGCCGCGGACCCGGACGUCGGCAACGAGCCCGGCUCCGCCCACAGUCCACGGCACCGCUGGUCCCGGCCGGAAGACACGGGGCAGCAGGCCCGCGGGAGCAUGACGGACGCCGAGAAGGCGGCAGCGGCGAAGGAGGUGUUCGAGAUGCUCGUGGCCGCGGGCGCCGACGUGCACCAGCGCACGGCCACGCUGGGCAGUAUGCCCCUGCACUACGCGCGCGACGUGCUUGCUGCCCGGCUGCUGGUCGAGCAAGGCGGCGCGGAUCCGGCCCUCGCCAACGCCCGCGGGGAGACGCUUCUCGGGCUGACGCGGGACAGGGCCACGGUGGCGUUCCUCCUCGGAGAGAUGGCGCUGAGGACACGGUCGGCAGGUGAUGGCGAGCACGACGGAGGGCCUUCGGGCGCUGCCUCGGCCAUGCUGGACCGCAUGCGGCCGGACUGGCGCGGGCGGCAAGACGGCGCCGACAUCGCCGAGCAGGUUUUGGUCUUCCUCGACUACGGCGUCGAUCCGACCCAGGCCGUGGGCGAGGGCGGCCAGACGGCCCUGCACCUCCUCGUGCAGCUCGAUGCCGACGCCGGCGGUGAUAGAGCAACAGACAGCCGUGUCACUCUGCUCCAGCGUCUCCUCCGCUGCCCGGGCAUGCACGCCAAUGUCCGCAACGCAAAGGGCCGGACCCCCUUACACUUGCUGGGCCUCGGGGAAGGCUCUGCGAGCUUCCGAAACCCUACGGCAGCGCUCGAGUCGAACCGGGGCCUGCUCGACGGCCUCCUGGCUGCCGGCGCGGACCUCGAGGCCUUGGACAACAAGGGACGCAGCCCCCUGGUCUACCGGAUCGACUCGCACAAGCACUGGCCCUCGUUCCAGGACGCCGGGAUGAUCACAAUGUGCGAGGCCCUGGUCCGCGCCGGGAGCCGCCUGGACACGCGCGACGUAUCGGGCCGCACGCUGCUCCAUGCCGCGGUGGCAAGGGGCAGCAAUGGCCCGCUGGUCAAGUGGCUGUGUGAUCAGGGUGUUGAUGCCCGGGCGGUCGACAACAACGGCGACACGCUCUUCCAUCCGGCACUGACGGAAGGGCACCGGCCCAAGCAUAAAUUCUCCGGGAAGGACGCCGGGCACUUGGGUCUGCUGGACGAGCUGCUAAGGCACGGCGCCGAUCCGACGCGGCCCAACCACGCGGGGACAACACCGCUUCACAUCGCGAGCACGAUCACCCCUGGCGCUUUCGAGAUCCGGACCGGGAAUGACAGCCAGGGGACGACGACGGUCUUUGACUGGUUCCUCCAGAGACAGCGUGCUGGCGGCAGCGUCGACGUGGCUGACCAGGACGGCGUCACGCCCCUGCACAACGCCGCGACCCUGUCCGAGUACAUGGCGCGAAAGCUGCUCGAUGCCGGCGCGGACCCGCUGAGGGAGACUAGUGAAGGCCUCAACGGCCUGCAUCUUGCUGCUCGGGCCCGACAGGCCAACAUCCUCGGCAUGAUGAUCGAGAGGAUCGUGACCCCCUCGGCAUCCGAGGCCGGCCGCUCUGGUGGCGUCGACUGCCACCCCCAGAGGCACCCCCGGUCGCCCCUGUUCUACGCCGUCGCCUCGGGCCGGCCAGAGAGCGUGGUGCUCCUGCUCGAGGCUGCCUCGAGCGUGCCGGCUAUCGCACACCGGCCCUCAACGGAGUACCAGGACUCACCGCUGCAGGCAGCCGUCGAGUUCGAGGAGGAGCUUGCCAACUGGCCCAAGAUUCUGAAGCGCCCGGGUCAUUACGGUGUGAGGGAGGUCGGAAGCGUCCAUCUGAAUGACACGUUCCGCAUGGCUGAGAAACCGGGCCCUUGGCCGUCGGAGCGGCUCGACGAGGUCCUGGACCUGCUCGACACACACGGUCUGCUGCCGGGGGACCACAUCGAGACGGCGAUCACGGAAGCUUUCGACAAGGGCGCGGCCUACACGCUCACAUGCCUGCUCCGAGUCAGAGAGCGACGGCUUGGUGUGGAGGGGUGUCUGUCCAGCAGAGCUGCUGGUGAACAUGGCCCGAUUGCCGCCCUACUUGAGGCGAGGGAGCACAGCCGGAAGCCCCUUGUCGAUGCCAUCGCUGCCAAGGGCACGCUGUCUCCGGACGAGUUCGACGCGGCCAUGAGAGGACGGCACUUUGACGUCGUCGUCGACGGGCUGCCAACGCCCGACAGCUCUCUCCAGGUCCUGCACGACCCCAGCCAGGGCUGCAACGGCACCAAGACUCUGCUGCAGUACCUCGCGGCGGGCGGGCACGCGGCCCUGCUCGCAAAGGUGGCCAGCCCGGAGGCCCUCGCGCGCCUCGAGGACGUGGCCUGGGUGGCCAGGACGGCAAAGGAGACGCAGGCCAGCACCGACUAUCUCGGCGGCGAGAUCGAGCCGCUGCUCGUCACGGCGUGCAGGCGCGAGUUGCCCAACAUGGAGGUCGUCAGGCUGCUUAUCGAGAAGCUCGGCGUCGACAUCAACGUCGUAGGCGGCGGGGGUAACCCGCGAGGCAGCACGUCGGGGAAAGCCGCCAUCGGCGCCUCGGCGCUGCACGUGCUCGCCACGGGUGGCCACUGGUGGCAGGCUACCCAGGGGAUGCCCUACCUGCUCGCUCGGGGCGCUAAUGUCGAUACCAUCGCUGCCGUGACGCAGGCGGGAUGGGGGUGGUCGAGGGGCGGGACGGGAUAUCUGAUGACACCGCUCAACGCUGCGCUCGACGCCCUCGCGCGGUGCUCGACCUUGAGCUUCAGCAGGCGGGUCGUCGAGACAUUGCUCGAGCACGGCGCCGACGUGACGGCCACGGACGACCGCGGCGUGUCGUGCCUCGACCGUGCGAAGCACGAUCCCGAGAUCCACGCCCUGCUGCUCCGGUAUGCUCGGGAGUAGCGUACGCAGUGACCUGGAUGCCCUGGAGGCACUGCUCCUGUCGGGUGCGCAGCCUGAGCAAGUGGCAGUAAUCGUUGUCUGAGAGGUGGCACGUUUAAAAGAGGGUCAGGUCAGUUCAUGGGCAGGCUUACCUGUGGUUUGUGCUAUACGCGAAACCAGGAGGUCAAACGUCCUAAUAUAGGACUAGAAGCGAAAUAUUUAUCUAACGCCUUUCGGACACGAGGACUUUAUAAGUUUCUGAGAUAUAAAAUAAAUACGUAACUAGCAUAGUUGUAUAUGUUAUACCUCUCCACCUU